AUGGACUCUCAGUAUGACCUUAUCAUAGUCGGUGCCGGCAUCCACGGCCUGAUCCUUGCCAAGACCUAUUUGGAAGCCUCCCCUACAUCGUCGCUACUCAUCAUCGAUUCCGCCGUCUCCAUUGGCGGUGUCUGGGCCAAAGAACGCUUGUAUCCCGGUCUCAAGACGAACAACUUGGUCGGCAGCUAUGAGUUCUCCGACUACGCUUUGGACCCAGCCCGCUAUGGCCUCAAGCCGGGGCAGCACAUCCCGGGCACCGUGGUGCACUCCUACCUCUCCGACUUCGCCUUACAUUUCAACCUCAUGCAGCACAUUCGCCUCAAUACCUACCUUGAAACUGCCGAGCUCUCCGCUACGGGCAGCUGGCUCCUCACUCUGACAAAGACCGAUCCUCCCUCCCACUCCGGCACCACCUUAACCACCCGCCGCCUCACUCUGGCUACCGGCCUGACCUCCCUCCCCAACAUGCCCACCUUCCCAGCACAAGACACGUUCGACCGACCAAUCCUACACUCUCUACACCUCCGCCAAUCCUCCCGCCUUAUAUCCACGGCCACCAGCGUCGCCGUGCUAGGCGGCAACAAAUCCGCCUUCGACACUGCCUACUCGGCCGCUACCUCAGGCUCCGAAGUCCACAUGAUCAUGCGUCCCUCCGGCGGCGGACCCUCGUGGGUGUGGCCUGUAGCAAUCACACCGUGGAAACUGAGUGUGCAACGCAUGGCCACCACCCGCCUCUUCACCGCCUUUGACCCAACCCCAUCCGUGCACGGCUGGACCUGGUCAGCAGUGCGCUACCUGCUCCAGCGAACCUGGAUCGGGCACAACCUCAUAGUAGCAGCCUUCUGGUGGGUUGUUGGAUGGUCCAUCAUCCGCGCCAACGGCUACGACGACCCCUCGUGCCCAGAGCUACGCAAGUUGAAACCGUGGACGGGCGUCAAGUGGAUGGGCAACAGCCUCAGCAUCCACAACUACCCGACCAACUUCUUCGACUUGGUGCGCGAGGGCCGCGUCAGGGUGCACAUUGCAGACAUUACGCGCCUCAGUCAACAUGCUGUCCACCUCAGCGACGGUGACGCCCUCGAGAACCUAGACGCGCUCGUCUGCUGCACAGGCUGGCAGGUCAAGCCCAGCGUGCGCUUCUUUCCCGAGACGCUGGUGCCUCACCUGGGCCUGCCGGGUGUGCCGAAUCCCAGUAUCACAGUCGAGGACAUCACCGCCGCCGACCGUGAAAUCCUGCGGCAGACGCCCAUGCUACGACGAGCCCCGGUCCGCACAUUACCGCAUCCAAUCAAGACGCCAACGCCGCUACCGCCUCCAGGGGCACACAAACGACACGGCGAGGCGCCUCCCUCUCCAGGCACGCCCGCCGCGCCCUGGCGGCUCUACCACCACCUCGUCCCCAUCCCCAGCUCAGAGAAUCCGCACCACAACGUCGCCUUCCUCGGCACCCACCUCUCCGUCGCUGCCACUCUCGUCGCGCAGGCGCAGGCCCUCUGGCUGACUGCGUAUUUCCUACAGCCGUCACCAUCCGAUCCCAACGCCAGCACCAGCACCAGCAAGCAUUACCCCAAGCUACCGCUCCUACCGAGCCCUGAGACCAUGAAGCGCCAGAUGCUGCUGGAGACAGAGUAUCAGCGGCUGCGCCACCCUCCAGAGGCGGGCGGGGCGGGUGAGCGAUGCCCAGACCUAGUGUUUGAGAGUCUAGCGGUGGUGGACGAGUUGCUGGGCGAGGUGGGUGUGGAGCGGUUUCGGAAGAGGCGGGGCGGAAAGAGCUGGUGGCGGGAGGUGGGUGGGCGAUACUGGCCGGGGGAUUAUCGGGGUUUGGUGGGCGAGUGGUUGGGGUUGAGGGACGAGUGA